GUUCGCAGACCGGGGCGGCCGGAAUGCCAUUGCACUUUCUUGGCGUUCACCCGAAAGGACAGAAUUUGAGGCAAACCUGACCGGCCACACGGUUUGGGCGCAUCCGCCGCGAGCGUUGUUUCGAUCCGUCUUGGAGUUUUUGAAUGCCCACCUCGUACAAAACCCUGGUACACGCAUCGUGCUACUUUGCCCAGAAGACAGCCGGGCGCCCUGGUUCCGCCCCGCACUGCUGCGGCGGCGGUUCCGGGUCAGGUCUUGGCCGGCCAGGUCUGACUUGUUUCGGUGGUUCCACGGAGACUCGUGGAGCCGAGGGCCGCGCACUGACUUGCCAUACUUGCUGCUGCAGUCCUGGCAGCCGAACCGGCGGAAGCGCAAACGAUAAAACACAUCAUCGUAAUCCAACCCGGAUCGUUGUUGCCGCCAUCCCUGCUUGCGCAGCGUGCCUCUCCGUAGCCAGCGGCUCGAGUGCCUUGUCUGUUCGGCGCGCAAAGCUUUCCGAUUGUUUCGCAGUCUACUUCCACAGUCCACGGCCAUGGACGAGGAGGCCGUCAAGAACUUGAUUGCCACUGCAAUGGAGGAGGCCAGCAAGCCGGGAGGCAAAGUCUACCAGGCGAUCGUCGACUCCUUCGCCGCGGGGCAGGCGGGAGCCCAGGCCGUCGACGUGUCUGCCGCGAGCGCUUCCACCAGGGCGGUCUCGCAGGCCCUCUUGCCGGCAGGAGAGAUCACGGCCGCCAUCUCGAAGGAAUUCGACCAGAGGGCGGACGCGGAGUACCCGUACAGGGCCAAGCUCCGCUCCCUCACCACGGAUCAGUGGUCGGCGGCCUGGAGGAACCUCGUCGUGGAGGCGGGCGCGGCAACCCAGGCGGCGGACGCGGUCGCAAAAGACCCGGCCAUGGCAAACGUCCUCGCUUUGCAGGCGGCGCACCCGCAGAACCCAGAACUUCUCGUUUUGAAGAGCGCGGCCACGUUGAAGUACGCAGCCAGAUUGAAGUGGAAGCCUAUCUGCUUGCCCAGCUUCGGGGGGGGAUCCGACCGCCUACCGGUGUUUCUACAGGAGAGGGCUGACUCGCAGGACAGCGCGGUCAAAGCGUUGGCCCGUUCCUUUCUCCAUGUGUAUUCACUUUUGGAAAAGCGGCACACGGUCGCACAGGCUGCAAAGAAGGACGGGCCAGCAAAAGCCGCUGAGCAGCGGGCGGAGUUGAUGGACCUUGUCUGCUUCGUCAUCAAGUCGCACAAGACGAGGACCACCAAGGCGUCCGCCAACUCGCCGCUGGACACGGAGAUCAUGGUCAAGGACUUCGGGGUCGACGUCCUGCUGGGCGAGGCAGCUCUCGCGGCGCGCGGCGUCCCGCAGAAGCGCCCCGCGGCCGCGGACAGGGGCUCGGGGUCGGGCGGCCCUUCGCCCAAAGCCGCCCGGGCGGUCGAGCCGGGGCAGCAGCCGCUCCAGACCGGCCAGCCGGCGCAGGCCUCUCUGGGCGGAGGGGAUUCCACCCGGACCACCAAGAAGCAGCUGGGAAGCUGGCCUCGCACGCUUCCCCGGCUCGCACCCAGGCCUGGAUGGACGGGAAGUUCAAGCUCGACGACGUGCACCGGCAGGCGAUGACGGAGGUCACGCGCGUGAUCUGCCGGAAUUGCCUCCUGAGCAAAAAGGGAGCAGUGAGGCACUCGCUGAAGGAGUGCCGCGACGCCGGCAAUCCGAGCUUCAUCCCACGCACGAAGUGCACGAAGGCCGGGCGCAAGGAUAGCAUCCUCCACUGGGUAUCUGAUUGGCCGCGCUAGGCCGCCAGCUCAGCAGCCCGGCCGGCCGCCCGCCGAGAUGCAUGUAAUCUGCGCACGUGUGCCUCGGGAUCGCAGCACUGCCUUCGUCUCCCAUAUGUUAAAUACAUUUUUCUGCUAACCGAACCCCCAUCCAUAUCACCCGCAGCGCGCGCGAGCGCCACGCCCAAAACAAUCACUCAUUCAUCUGCCUCUGUGGGCCGGGAUUCUGCCUGGGGCCCUGGGAGGCGGCGGCUUGCGCGCCGAGGGCGCGUGGUCGGAUGUUCACGCGCGUGCUUCCGUGGCCCCCCAACGGCGGGGUCGCGCACUCUCAACGUGCCAAGCAGGCUUCGCUCAGAGUCUCUGGAAAAUCUCCCACGGUACGAGCAGUUUGGGAUCGUGCAGAUUCCC